UGGCUACUUCCCCGUGAACAAGAGCGACGAUGUUAACCCCCUAGAAUGCGAAACGGAAAAUGAUGCGGAUAAAGAAGCGAAGCGGUGCCAAGGUCUGGCUGCUGCUGCUCGUGUUGCUGGUUCAAGGUGGCAGAUGCAUAAAAUGGCUCGGCCUCGGCCACGCCGGCGACAUGCAUGCGUGGACCAGAGAGGCAUGCACCAGCGCGAAGAGCGCCGGUUUGCUGGAGAGGAAGCAGGCGAGGGCCUGCAGGGCUACGCCGGAUGUGAUGCCUAGUUUAGUGCAAGCCGCCAAAGACACGUCGACGGUAUGCCAGCAGGCGUUCCGACACCGCAGAUGGAAUUGCAGCAGCAUCGAGCGUGCGCCUGACUACACGCCUGAAUUGCUCACAGGCACGAGAGAGCAAGCUUUCGUCUACGCGAUGUCGGCUGCAGCCGCAGUCUGGCGACUCGCGCGAGGAUGCGCUUUGGGGAGUCUCGCGGCUUGUUCCUGCGCGACGCCACCGCGAAGAGAGCCGCCGUCACCCUCGGCACUCAUCUCACCCUCCUCCUUCACAACCAUGUCCGUCUCUUUCGACACGCUGUCCGCGAGAAACUCCUUCAAGUGGGGUGGCUGCGGGGACGACGUGAGAUCCGCCUCGAGGAUGGCGAAGCGGUUCCUUCAGGGAGCUACGCCGCUUGGUACUGGCGCGACCGCCAAGUUCAUGCACGCGGUCAAUAUGCACAACAACAGGGCGGGCAGGAGGGCGGUCGAGCAGUCCUUGACCUUGGAGUGCAAGUGCCACGGGGUGUCGGGAUCCUGCAGCGUGCGUACCUGCUGGCGCGGUCUGGGCGCGACCGGGCCGUCCGCCGCCGGAAGUCGUUUGCUCCGCAGAUACGCCACCGCGGCUGAGGUCAGACCGCGAUCCGGCGGCAGGUUACCGCCCCUAUAUCACCACGAUAAUCUGCUAUUCACCACCAAAAGCCCGGACUAUUGUCUGCCGGAUAAGAAGAGGGGUAGUCUCGGCACGAUCGGCAGGCAAUGCAACGGCAGCAGUUCCGGUUACGAGGGCUGCGAGUACCUCUGCUGCGGCCGAGGACACGUCACCAGGACCGAGGAGAUCCUGGAGCGAUGCGACUGCAAAUAUUUCAGUUGCUGCUACGUGAAGUGCAAGACCUGCCGGAGGAUCGUGAAGACGUACGAGUGCAACUGAGGAUGCGACGUGGUCAGCACGCGGACGACGCGGGA